UACUAUCUAAUUGUCCCUAAAUCUAACACCUAAGACCUCAAUAGUGUUUAGACGGAAUAGUGACUUUAACGGUGUAACAUUUCUCAGAUCCUGUUAGCCUACUGCCACCUUGAUCCAUGAUUACGAUUAUUUCACAUCAUACCCGAUAUACACGAGGUAUGUACGGGUUGUAAAAGUCGGAAACCGCCGGGCUCGGAUCCACAGUUAUUGUGUAUUUCAUUGUGAUGUGAAGAAAAGUGUUCUGUUCUAUUUAUCUAACAAUAAGCCUCUGCAGUUUCGUGUUUAUUUGGGGUGACCGUUACAACACAUUAGUAAAAUGGGUGAUCGCAACGACCCUAUCAAGUUUGGUCCGAUGUGGCUGCGCAACCUGUCCCGCGAGGGCAGCUCCGGGCACAGCGGCGGCGGCGGCGGCGGCGGUGGCGGGGCGGGCGGGGCGCCGGGCGCGGGGGGCGGGCCCUCGCCGCCCGCACCCGCUCCCGCCACACACCAGCCGCUCAAGGUUCAGCUUGCGAAGCUGCGGUAUGGCAGAGAAGAAAUGCUUGCACUUUAUGACAGAAAUGUAGACCCACCUGUCGAACUAAAGCACUUCGACAUAUUGUAUAGUCCGCGAGGAAAACCUCCGAUUGCACUCAGUAACUCCUUUGAAGAAGACUUAACAGCGCGGGACAGCAUGCGCGGCGGAGGCGGCGGCGGGAUGGGGGGCCUGUCCCCGGUGGAGCGCUACCCGGGCGCGGGCCGCGGCGCCUCGGCCGAUAGCCGCCCGCGCCACCGCAUGCCCUUCGUGCGACAGACCUCCGCCACCAGGGGCGGGUACCGCGGCGGCAGCGCGGCGCCGGCGGAGCGCGACGAGGCCUUCGAGCCGUCGCCGCCGCACCGCGCCUGGCCCGCGUCGCCCGCCGCCGCGCCUCGGCACCCGCCGCCCGACGCCACGCCCGACUGGCACAACAACAAGCAGCUCUUCCGCACCAGCCGCUGGCACGGCGGGCCGCAGGGCGCGCAGAGCUGGCGGCGCUCGCAGCGCGACGACGGUGAGCCGGAGUGGCGCGGGGAGUCCCCCCGCGCGCGCCCCGCCGCCCCCCCCGCGCCGCACCACGACAAGUGGGGUCCAGAGCGCGAGUGGGGCGAGCGCGGGGGCGGCGGCGCGCGCGACAAGCAGCCGUGGAGCAGCCGCCGCAACUGGGACGCCGGCGCCGACGACAACCUGCCCGAGUGGGCGACAGACAACGUGGAGGGGUGCGGCGCGGCGGGCGGCACGUUCGACGCGCAGGGCGCGUUCCACGGCUACAGCAACGACGACUCCAGCCUGCCGCCGGCCGCGCGCCAGCCCGACCCGCUGUACCCGCUGACGCGGUCGCACACGCAGGGCAGCUUCUCGCGCGCCAAGCCCGCCGAGGAGGGCUCCGACGAGUGGUGGGCCUCCGAGAAGGCCAAGAAGCUGUCGCCCAAGCGCUUCGACACCAGCGAACCCAAGUUCAAGAAGUAUCAGAAAGUAAAUGAGGACGUACUUUGUUGUCAGCCGUCCGGGACAGCCGGGCCCGGAGCAGCCGGCGCGGCGGUGGACGAGGAGGCGGAGCAGGCGCCCCCACCGCCCGCGCCGGCCCCCGCCCCCGCGGCGCCCGCGCCCCCCGCGCCCGCCCCCGGCGAGCCCUCGCCGCCGCGCCCCUUCGCGCAGCUCUACAAGCAGCAGCAGCUGCAGGAGAGCAAGACCUUCGACGCGCUCAUGCGCAGCGACAUCAACCAGGUGGCGGAGGCGAGCGACGAGCGCGGCAACUUCAAGUCGGUGAUGAUCACGCCGAACAACGCGCUGCGGCAGAAGCACCAGAACAUCACGACGCCGGCGCCGGGCGAGGCGCGCUCGCCGUCGCCCGCGCCGCUCGAGCCCGACCUCGCCACCGACAAGAUCAUGAACGAGCUCAUCGAGUUCUCGUUCGAGGACGAGCUGGGGCUCAGCGCCAUGCACAACAUCCCCAUGCCCAUCCCCAUGCCGGGCCAGAGCAAGGCGGGCUACGGCGAGCUGCUGGCCAAGGCGCGGCCCAUGCGCCUGCCUGCGCCGCCCAUGAUGCCGCUGCAGAACAACGCCAGCAACUCGCUCUUCAUGGGGCAGAACGGGAACAACCCGCCGAUGGCGAUGUCCCCGCCGGCGCCGGGCGGCAUGCUGUCGCUGCAGAACAAGUUCGGCUCGCUGUACGGCGGCAUGAUGAGCCCCGCGCCGCCGCCCCUCGACCAGUGGUACUACGAGGAUCCCACGAAGAAGAUCCAGGGUCCGUUCUCGUCCAAGGACAUGUACAACUGGUACCGCGCCGGCUUCUUCACGGCGUCGCUGAUGGUGCGCCGCGCGUGCGACGCGCACAUGCGCCCGCUCGGCUCCUACGGGCCCGUCGUGCCCUUCGCCAUGGGCGAGAUGGGCGGCAUGGGGUCGUUCCCGCUGGGCGGGUUCGAGCGCGCCCGCGAGCCGCUGCUGGGCGCCGCGUCGCUGGGCAUGGGAGACAUGAUGGGAAUUGGCGGGAUGAGUGCGUCGGAGGGACUGGACUCCCUACAGUUCGGUUCCGUUGGGACAAACUUCAUUCGCAACGCAGCCGCCGCCGCUUCUUUUAAUCAGCAACCAAUGGACUCGCUGUGGUCCGGCGCUUCGUCGGAGCUGCUGUGGAUGCAACAGCCGGGCCGCGACCGCGCCGCCGCCGCGCCCGCCGCCGCCGCGCUGCCCAUGUUCUUCUGGGACCAGCAGCCCGGCGGCCGCCUGCCCGACGACGUCGCCAAGGAGAUGAAGACCGAGGACCAGAUCCUGGCGCAGAUGCGCGCCGCGCAGGGGCUGCCCCCCCCGCCCGCCGCCCCGCCCGCGCCCGCCGCGCCCUUCCCGCCGCCGCCCGCGCCGCCGCUCGGCGAGCUCGAGCGACUCAUACAGAAGGACACGCUGGCGCCGCCCGCCCCGGCCCCGGCCCCGGCCCCGGCCCCCGCACCCGCCCCCGCACCUGCCCCCGCCCCCGCUCCCGCCCCGCCCGCGGCUGUCGCCCCCGCCCCCGCCCCGGCCGAGGCCAAGCCAGACCCACCGCCGACUCCACAAUCCCCGGAGAAGCCGAAGCCGGAGGUGGCAGAGGCCGAGGCGAAGGCGGCCCCCAAGGAGAGCAAGACGGACAAGGCCAAGAGCAGCAAGAGCGAGGGAGACAAGAAGAGCAAGGAGAAGGACAAGAGCAAGAAGAAGAGCAAGGAGGACGCCGCGGACGACUCGCGCCCGGAGAGGAAAUCCGAGGAGUCUUCGCCUAGCAAGAGCAAGAAGGAUGACAAACAGACCAAAAAGGAAUUAGAGAAAGAAAAGAAGGAAUGGAUUAAAGAAGGGUUCACGCUUGUGAAGGGUCCCGAGAAAGCGGCGCCCAAGGACGGCAAGAAGAAGGCCGAGGAGCAGAAGGCGAUCGAGGAGGCCGACAAGAAAAGGAAAGAAGAAGAAAAACUAGCAGCUGAGGAAGAGAAACGUAAGAAGCAGGCCGAGGCAGCCAAGAAGCAGCAGCAGGAGUGCAAGCAGGCGGAGUCGCUGGCGGCGGCGGCGGCGGCGGCGGCGGCGCGGCGGGCCCCGUGGAGCGCGCCGGCGCGGGACCCCGUGGCGCUGGCCGAGAUCCAGCGCCUCGAGCGCGAGAAGAAGCUGGCGGCCGUGCGCGAGCAGCACGCCGCCAUGCACGCGCUGGCGCAGCAGCAGCAGCUGCAGCUGCAGCAGGAAAUGCAGGCAAGCCUCGGCUGGGCAAAAAAGAAAGAAACCAGCGUUCCGGGACAAAGUCUAGCUCAGAUUCAGGCCGAGGCACGUAAGCAAGCUGCAGCAGCCGCGGCGGCCGCAGCGGCGGCGGCGGCGGCGACGGCGGCGGAGGAGGCGCCCGCGCCCGCGCCCGCCGCGCCGCCCGCGCCCUGGGGCUCCGCGCACAACGGAGGCGGGUUCUGGGACACGGACCGCGCGAGCGCGCUGGGCGAGGAGUCGCCGCGACACGACGCGCGCAAGAAGAAGCCCGGCAAGAAGGAGUCCCCGCAGGCCGAGUUCGACUCGUGGUGCGCCGCCUUCCUCGCCAUGUGGACCUCCAAGAUCGACGUGCCGACGUUCGUGGGCUUCCUGAAGGACAUCGAGUCCCCGUACGAGGUGAAGGAGUACGUCAAGUGCUACCUCGGCGAGUCCAAGGAAUCCAACGACUUCGCGAGGCAGUUCCUCGAGAGAAGGUCGAAGCUGCUGCGCGCGGGCACGGUGGUGACGCCCGUGGACGACCUGUGCUCGCCCGCCGCCGCCAUCAACCCGCGCCUCGCCGCCGCCACCGAAUACCAAGAGGUUAAGGGCAAAGGAAAGAAAACAAAGAAGAAUAAGAUGCUGAAAGUGGACGCUCGCAUCCUGGGCUUCUCCGUGACGGCCGCCGAGGACCGCAUCAACGUGGGCGACAUCGACUCCGUGUGAGAGCGGCGGCGGCGCCAGCCCGCGCCCGCGCCGCUCGCGCCCGCCGUCGCCCCGCCCGCCGCCGCCGCCCCGCCCGCGCCCCACGCGCCCAACGCGCCCAACGCUCAACCCAAACCAUAAACUCACGUCAAUACAUUCAAUUUAUAAGUUUUAAGUGAACACAUUUAUCCACUGACGUUUUGCGUACUGAACUUAAAAGCAUAAGUUUGUUGUGAUAGUGAUUGUUUAAAGUGUAAUUGAAUAGCAGGCGCGGCCGCUCGCCGCCAUCAUUGUUGGUAUCCAUCAAGGACCACUUAAUAGUGAAAUACUCUGCACAUGGUGUAUCAGCCGUAGUGCCGGCGGCGGGUGGCGGCCCGCGGCGACACGGCAGCGCGGCGCGGCCGUGUCGACGCGCGCUCUUGUUAAUAAACCACUCCUUGUGCGGACGCGCUAGGCGUCCUGUUGUAAUUAUCCUAGCAAUACUGAUUCAGUCUACUUCAUUACAAAGUUAUUAAUCAAAUUAAUCACGGUAUUGUAAAACAUAAAAUUUACUAUGUAAAUAUCCCGUGCAUAUUUAAAGGAGUAGGUUCCAUUUCAAAUACAUACAAACAUAAUAUUAAAUGUUCUCACGAGAUUGUGUUAUAUGUCGAUAUACCUAUUUAUGUAGACAAUAUAACAAUGAUUAAAACAUGUAUACAUAGCUGUUGACCUUGUCCUUUGUAAAUUAAUGAUUGAGUAGAGUAGCUUAUUAUGUUGAAUCGUGAGUAGGCCUUUAAUAAAUGCAUAAUUGUGUCUAGCGGGGGGCACCGCACAGUUGGCACUUUCGGUGGCCGCGCCCGGUCAUCCCGCCGCCGCCGCCGCCACUGGACCUGACAACUAUGUAUAUUGUAAACUUAUAUGUUACUCAUUUUUGUAUUUCCUAGGCAUAGCCAUUUUAACUAUUACUCAAUGCAAUACUGGACUAUACUACUUUCUGAAUAGAUGUACCUCUGCCAUUGAUAAGGCCUAAACGGCAUUAUUUUUACUGCAUUAUUGUUAAUAUUUACACCACUUGAUGUCUACUUUGCUAUUUCUAUUGUAUGUUUAAAACUUUGCGAGCGAUUAUAUUUUUGAGUUUGUAUUUUAGUAUAAGUGAUGGCUGUAUGAGCUGUCCUACUGCAUGUGUUUGAUUCCUGAGAGGAUUUGUAUUGCAUUACUUUACAUACUGCCUUACGAAACGUGUAUAUGUUCGAACAGACCCCGCCACUUGAGAUCCUGAGUAGUACUUAUGUUAAGUAUGUGGCUAGUGCGUAGUGCCGGCGGUCUCUGCCGCGCGCGCGACGUGCGGUAGGACUGUGAUUCGUGGCGAAUAUGGCGAUAUGCUACUUAUAAUAAAAAUGUUAAACAUUUUUACUAUGUAGUACCUAGUAUUAUGAAUCAUCAAUUAUUAAUGAAAAAAACAAAGUAUCAAAUACGAACUUGUUUGCCACUAGCAAAAGUGAUUAAAUGAAAAAAUACUUCGUGAUAUAAAUGUAUAACUCGACGAAAAAUAAUUACUAGACAAAUAAAUUAUAAUAACGUAAUUACAGGACAAUGGUUUUUUAAAGUACACUUUUACUUUCGUACUUUCGUCAUGAUUAUAUUUUCCUUACCUUAAUAAAAUCUGUAUUUUACAAGUUGGGUAUCUUGUGUUGAGGUCUUGAACUAUAUUCUCAGUCAGAUUCUCGAUGUUGACUAGCCAGG